AUGUCGAGUCAAGAAGGUGUUUGGUCUUUUGCGAAGACCGUUAUAACGUUCCUUUUCGAUGGAACUCCAAUCUCAAUCUUGAUUGCCUUACUGGUCACUCUUAGUUUGCCCAUUAUUUAUCACAUUGUAUUGUUCCGCAAGAGAGCGUCGCCGCCCUCCUGUAAUUUUUUGCUUUUGGGCCCAAGUGGAGCUGGUAAAACAGCUUUUGCUACUCUACUUGAAUCCAAGUCCUCUUUAGCUUCCCAGAAGGCGCAUCUCACCCACACCUCUCAGACAUCGACACUUGUAACCGUUAAACUACCACCGACCGUCCCAAUAGCGUCAAAUCAAUAUCGAUCUGUUAAUGACUCCUCAUUAAAAGAUGCCGCGAACGGAACCAAUUAUUGCGUGAAGGACACACCAGGCCAUGGCAAGCUCCGCGCCGCUCAGGGCAUCGCCGAACUCCAAACAAUGGCUAUGUCAAAGGACGCCAAGAAUAAGCUCCGCGGAGUGGUUUUCAUGGUUGAUACCGCAGCCCUGGUAGAUGAGAUCAUCCUGCGCGAUACUGCAGCCUAUCUGCAUGAUGUGCUUCUAGUCCUACAGAAGCGAGAGUUGAACUCGUCGAGCAAAAAGCUCAGCGAGAUCCCCGUUCUAGUGGCCGCGAACAAGCAAGACCUUUUCACUUCCUUGCCUCCUGGCUCGGUACGAGAGAAGCUUGAGGCUGAGAUCGAUCGGAUCCGCAAAUCCAGGACCAAGGGCCUAUUGGAUGCCAGUAUGGAUGCUGGGUUGGACACUGAAGAGGAUAUCCUGGGUAACGACUAUGCGCAGGGUGUCUUCAAUUUCAAGAUGCUUGAAGAAGACACCGGUGUUAAGGUGGAGGUUGUUGGUGGUGCCGUCAAGGGCGACCAGCAGGAGGAAACUGGAUCCGGAGUUCGUCGCUGGGAAGAAUGGGUGGGUACGUGUCUGUGA